GCCAUUGGCUAAAUCCACUGACGGGAGCGUGACGUCAUAUCAAAGCGCCGGACUCUAGUUUCCAAAGUUUUGUAUGUGGAGCAAUGGACAGCUGAUGUUCACAGGAUGGACGACAUCAACGUACUACACCACAGAUGCCUCCUGAAUCUGAGGCGUCGAAUCAGAGACAUCGGGGAUGGACGCCCGGCGCAGGAACGAUACAUGAGGCUGCAGAAGGAUGGAGAGACACUCAGUUACCAAGGGAACUCUGAGGAGGUGGGUUGCUAUGUGGCUGGCCAUCCUUUAUCAAAGGGAAACUGCUACUUUGAGGUGACAAUAGUGGACACGGGGGUGAGGGGGACCAUCGCUGUGGGCCUGGUGCCUAAAUUCUACAGGCUGGACCACCAGCCUGGCUGGCUGCCAUACUCUGUAGCUUACCACGCCGACAACGGCAAGUUGUAUAAUGGAAACCCUGUGGGGCAGCAGUUUGGUCCAAAGUGUGCUCGAGGCGACCGGAUCGGCUGCGGGAUACACUCAGAGAAUAUCGAAGCUGGUUUAACGACAGUCUUCUUCACCAAAAAUGGCAAAGAGGUGGGGUCAGUGGAGGUCCCUGUGUCUGCAGAGGGGCUCUUCCCUGCAGUAGGGAUGCACUCCAUGGGGGAGGAGGUGAAAGUGGACCUGCAGGCCGAGUGGUUCCUGGAGGAAGAUGAAAGUAUGAUGAUGGUGGACAGCCAUGAAGACGACUGGGGGCGACUACAUGACGUCAGGGUGAGCGGCACGCUCUUGGAGUAUGUUGGCAAAGGAAAGAGCAUCAUGGACGUGGGUUUGGCCCAGGCCCGCCAGCCACUCACCACCCGCUGCCACUACUAUGAGCUGGAGAUUGUUGAUGCCGGGGAGAAGUGCUACAUUGCUCUGGGUCUGGCAAGAAGGGAUUACCCCAAGAACAGACACCCAGGAUGGAGCCGAGGAUCGGUAGCGUACCACGCUGAUGACGGUAAGAUCUUCCACGGCAGCGGUGUCGGAGACGCAUUCGGCCCUCGCUGCUUCAAAGGUGACAUCAUGGGCUGUGGCAUCAUGUUCCCACGGGACUACAUCCUAGACGGAGAAGGUGACAUGGACGACUGGCUGGAGAUCCGACCGGGUCACGCAGGAGUCCAGAAUGUUCUGUACCUAAACGACGAAGACGAGGAAGACGAAGACGAGGAGGAAGAGGAAGAUGGGGAAGAAGCAGAUCAGGGACAGCAGGGCAGGAAGGUCACGGUCUUCUUCACCAGGAACGGGAAGCUGAUGGGUCGCAGAGAGAUGGCGGUUCCUCCAGGCGGCCUCUACCCGACCGUGGGGAUGCUGAGCAGUGGAGAGAAGGUCAAGGUGGACCUGCACCCUCUCAGUGGAUGAGCUCGGACUGCUAACAGCUGGCUGCUCUGCAGAGCUCACUCAUGGUCGUCUUGCAUGCUGCUAACACUCGCCGGGACCCGCUCAGAUCAGCCACACACACACACACGCGCACGUCCUCCUCGAACACUGCCUCUGCUUUAAUUUAUCAGACUUGUGUAUUUCACAGGAACACGACCGGAACCGGAGGAGCGUCCUCUUGGUCGUGACGUAGCAGAGACAGAAAGGAUCCUGCAGUGUGUCGGAUGUGUAGCUUGCAGAUGCUGCUCAAAGAUUAAAAAAAAAACUCCUGGAGGAUAUUUAACGGUUAAUUCUAUGCAAUCUGCACUGCUCUCAUCCUCACAGCUAACCUCCCUCUGCAUGCACUCGGAGCUGUUCAAUCCCUCUCAUGAGGUCUGGCACACUUUUGUUUAUUUCAUUUGUCAUGACCCUAAGCAAAGCUGGGCCAGGCCAGGAGUUGUGCCGAGUCAGAGCUCGCUGGCGGUUUAUGUUUCAGGGAAUACACCCUCUCUCUCUCUCUCUCUCUUUCUCUGUCUCUCUCUCCCUCUCUCUCUCUGUCUGUCUCUCUCUCUGUCUCUCUCUCUCUCUCUCUGUCUCUCUCUCUCUCUGGGUGAGGCUGCCCUCCUGUGAGCGAUCAGGGACCUGCUGUUGCCCCACCUGGCUCGCUGCUCUCUCCUGGAGCUGGAGGUGCACACAUGGAUUUGUUUUAAUAUUUUAGAAAGUCAUCCUCGCUCACCGUGUCAGAGAUUAUAGAAGUGAUUGUUUCAGGUUUCGAGGAACGCAACCUUUCAUGUAAAUCGUCAAUCGCUGAGCAGCGUCGGGAUCAGACGUUUCCACACAGUGAACAGAUUUCUGGGUGUUUUUAUAGUUUCAUGUCGGAGCCAGGCGAUGAAUAAAAAACACUUCAGGUAUAUUUUUUACAAUCGAUAUGAAAAAUAUAUGUUCAAAUUUAUCUUUGUGGUCAAAAGUUCAGGGAAUGUAUUUUGUGUUUGCACUGUGAGAACAUGAAAGUGAGAGAUAAAUUUAAAACAUUUUAUUCUUUGUAUCAUGCAGUCCAUAAAAAACAAGAUCAUGAGCCUUUAAAAACAAGCAUAGAGUUCUUAAAAACCUAAAGAUGAAGCGCUGCAGUAUCAAAGCAGGGUCUCUGAUUUGAGCUGCAUCACUCUGUAAUCACUUUUACUUCUUAUUCUCUCUUUUAAAGUUUUAUUCUUCUUUAUCUGCAACUUUUACACCCAGUGCAUGUUUCCUCAAAGUAUGAAGGAUUAUUUUCCGACUUACUUUUCCUUCUCCCUUCCAAAAAUAAAUAUAUAUAUAUAAAUAUAUUCUGCAGGUAGUUUAUAAGAGACUUUAAAAAAACUCAAAUUAAUUUCCUGUUUUAUAAUCAGAGGAUGAAGUCCUCUCUGUGAUGCCAUAUGAAAUGUUGAAAUAACUGCUGGAUGUUUUUCUCUGUUGAAGAUAAAGACAAUGUUGUUGAAUGCUACGUUUGAUGCAUGUUUAAGAAAUACUCAGCUGAUGUGUGUCUGCAGCUUUAAGGGUCUGUGUCACAAAGACAGAGUAGUGAGGACACAAUGGUUUCAUCAUUUAUACAGGGUGGACACAUUUAGAUCAUCAUUGGUACCUUUGAAGUUCAUUAUAUUAUUACCCGGCUGUGAUAAAUACUUGAUUCUCAUUGGUCAAAACCCCACGACAAUGGUUAUUCAUUCUCAACAGCAAAAGUGAUUCUAGGGAAAAAUGAACCCACAUGUGAUAUCAAAGCAAUCUGCAGAAAGGAGUCCUGCACAUAUCCCCCUCUGCCUGUUGACACUGUGGUGAAAACGUCAGUGUGGUUCAGGCCGGUCUUGAGAGUGGGGACAUAGUGGCGGUUAAAGGCCCUGUGAGGAGUUUUGAACUGGCUGAGACAGAACAGACUGAAAAUGAUACCGAUGCCUCGUUAUGACCUUCAAUAGCAAACAAGUCCAUCAGCAGCAACACAGACACCUUCUCUGUUGUCAUUUUUAAUGCCUGAAACCGCUCUGAGGGGGUAGGUGUCAGACCAGAUGAUGAACAUCUCGCUUCAGAAACAGCCUUUAUUUAAUGUUUCAUGCAAAAUAAUCACAAUGCCUGAUUUUGUUGAAAACACUUCGUUAGCAUGUUUAGGAGAGGUAUCACUUUAUCCACAAGGGGGCGCCAGAAUCAAUACAAAACAAAGGUUCCUCACAGCAGCUUUAAGCCUGGUUUAUACUCCUGCGUCGAAUCAACAACGUGUGUAGGUCCCGUUCCAACGCAGAAGCCUAUGCACAUAGUCGACACGCACCUCCUCCAAAAAGUACCUAUGCGCCUAAUCAACGCGGACCACAAGCCCUGUGAUUGGUCCGCUUGGCGGCAUUGUAUUCCCUGCAUUUACAGCACUUCCUGGAUCCCCUCACGGCCUUACUUCUGCCGUGUAUUUCAUCUCCUCCUCUCUAUUCUUCAUGUAAUCAUGUCUGUAUGAUAAACAGCAACAUGUAUCAGCUGUAGAUUAACAUAACAUGCUCUGAAUCGCUGUGGGAAAGUAAACAGAGAACAUAGCGGGGCUGGAAUCGGACGACCCGACUAUCAGAGAGACCACACUGCCCUCAAGCGUUUCGGUGGAGUAUUGCUGCGCGACACAAAGGAAGUGCUCAUGUCAGUAGGGUCGACGCGGAAGUAUAACUCAUGCUUUAGCGGGCACAGAGGUGAGAGCAGCCUGAGGAGCUACUGGACCCCAACCAUCACUGAUAGAGGGAACAUCCUGUCCUGCAAUACAGACAGGAGAGUUCGAGAAAGCAUCUCUGAGCACAAAGCGUUGUGAUGUGUAAGAGGCUAGUGUAGAUUCUAAUUAGCAUAACCACCUGUUUGCUCCACAAUAUCCUUUACAUAGAGCAGAGAAUCAUCCUGAUGGAUGUUUUUUUAAAACAAAGCUCCUGUGAGGAACUUUUGGUACGUGUUGAUUUUGGCGCCCCCUGAGGACAAAGCUGUACCUCUUAUCUUUUCUGUUUUUGUCCAAGCGGCAACCUCCGGCCGCAAGAAUUGAAGCCAAUGUGGAUUUGGUAAACACUGCAGUUCAGCGAGUGUCCACUUGAGGCUGACUCUGGAAGUAACAGAAACCACAUACACACCCAAUUCAAAGAAGCCGAUCUUUACAGCAGAAAUAAAGAUGUUUACAGCCUGGUUCAAAAGACGAGUGUAGUCUGGAUAGCUAAUUUCUCAAUCGGCACACACUGUACGGGGGUGAAUUUUAUUAUGACAAAGCAGUUUUGAAGAUAUUAAGAAUACGAGUCUUCUAUUAUAAGAGACACAGGAGGCUCAAAGCCUGCCUCUUUACGCCACACUAGCUCGACAGCAGUUAGGUUGAGUUCAAUAUUUCCAAUAUGGCUCCUGAGACAAUCGGCCUCAAAACAGGGCUUCAGAAACAGAUGGGAGACGUCACAGUUACUACGGUUUAGACUUUACGCCAGGUAAAACAGGCUGUUGUGAUGGUGUUGUUUUCUUUGGUGGAUAAAACGAGACAUCAGUUUUAGCUUCAGUUUCAUUACAAGCUGAAAACUCCUCACAGGAGCUUUAAUCAUCAGAAACUUGUAAAAUGAGACCUUAAACAAUUUCCACUCCACUGUGAUCAAUAUUGAAGUCCCUUUAUAUGAAGGAUUUUAUGAUUCCAGCUUUGUAAAUAUGAGAAUUGACUUCUGGUCCUUCUGUUUGUUUUCAUCAUCUUCGUUUUGUACCUGUGGGCCAAAGAUCAGCCGGGAUAGAAAACCAUUGAGGACCAGGCAGCAGCUUGCAAAGUCCAGAUCUGCUCUAUGUAGAUUGUCUCCUUUCUGGCUUGGAUUGGAGGAGGGCUCACCUCUAAGUACAGGACUGGUUCUUGAAUCAAACUCCAGGCUGUCCUUCCUCAGAGCUCCUCAAGCCACCUGACGAGUGUCACUGUGUUGGCGAGUUGUGUCUUUGCGUGACCCGAACAGACCCAGACUUCACUGAACUGGUUUUGUGAUACAGACCUUUAGAGCUUAAACAAUCUGCAGGUGAAUGAGAGAAACUGUUUGUUGUAUCGUGUCAGUGGGAGCUGGUUUCCACUCAAAUAUCAAGUCUGUCUGUUAAAGGGAAUGUUAUCAAUGUUCUUAUACUGUAUCAGCUUACACAGCUAACUAACCUCAUCAUGAGUCCCUCUGCAUCUUCUCACUUCUGUUUGUCCGUAACAAGAUCAGCAGCCCUGUCACAAAACUAAGGACUGCACAUUCCUGUGAACCUCCAUGUGAGGUGACUUCAGCAGGUCUCUGUAGCAUGUACACAAAACCACCAUCAUCCACACACAGCAAGACUAACAACAUGAAAUACUACACAGGGUUAACCGUUCAAUCACAUAUCUGCUGGAGUCUGUUUAAAGCUGUGGCGCUGUGUUCGUCGUGGAUCCGUUGAUACCGUGUUAGCAGGUCUACAGGACGUGUGAUGGACAGAUCAGUUGUGUUUUCUGUUCCUGCAGGGCUGGACCGAGACUUAAAAACAGGUUGUAACAGCCUGGACUGUAAACUAGUCAGAGCAAAGAUAUUAAUGUGACACUGAUGUGGACUUUUUUUUAGACCACAUCGAAGUUCAGGGUAUUAAAGUCACUUACUUUUUAAGUUUACUCAGAAAUUUAAGUUUACAUUCGAGUUUCACAGUUCAACCAAACGUGAGCUAAAUCUGCUUUGAGUUUCUUUUUCUUGUAGUAAGUCUGACUUAACUCACCAAGGACUCCUGUAACAUUUGCUCACCUUGUUGACUUGCACUAUAUUGGCCUUGUUCAGUACAUGUAUGACCAUCAAUAAAGAUUACAGUAAUUUAAC